GUUUGACAAUGUUCCAGAGGAUAUCUUGUCCCUUCCUCCUUUCUGGCCAUCCACUCCAGUUAUUGGCCAUGGGCUUGCUAGCAGUGGCUUUUUGGAUUAGCCCUGUGGAACCUGAAAAACACGGAAAUGGAAUCAACCAGGAGAAGAAACCCCAAUGGAAUGAAACAAGCCUUCCCUUAUUAUCAUCCAAAGGCAAGAACCCUGCCCCAGGAAAGAUCAACAGUGCCAUCUCUCGAGAUGCCUGGUUGCUUCUUAUGAAACAGUCAAGCAAUGGGGUGACUGUCAAGAAAGCGCCCAGAAGCCAACCCCAAAGAUUAAAGGCUGACUUUCGUGGUCUAACAGGACCUCUUGGAGCCACGAUUACUAAGAAAGAGAUGCUAAGAGAACUACGAUUGCUACUUAAGGGAAUAGUUCGAGAACGGGAAGGAGUCAAAUCCUGCAAAAACUGCCAGGAAGAUGAAGACGGAGAAGGAAUGGAAAAGAAAUUAUUUGCCCACAUGAGUGGACUACUCCUAGAAAGCAGGGAGCUAGCGAGAGUGGAGGCAGCCUUCUAUUGCCAGAUCCAGAAGAAUCUUUCAGUGGAGCGACGAUCACUGAAAGAGCUUCAACUCUAUUACAUACCUAAAAAGGGGGAGGUGUUCCAUCGUGGCCUAGGACUAAACCUUACAAGUGGCCAAUACCACGCUCCUCUCAGUGGAUAUUACAUCUUUAGUGCCACACUGCAUGUUGUUCUCAAUGACUAUGCAAGGAAGAGCCAGCCAUGUGCCCGAGAUCGUUUGCGCUUGCUGAUCUGCGUCCAGUCACUUUGCCGCCAGAAUAUUUCUCUGAAAACAGUAAGGCACUUGGACAAAAACAGGGAACGUUUCACAGUUUCACUCACUGGAACCCUCUUUCUGCAGGCUGGCCAAUAUGCUUCCGUAUUUGUCGACAACGCAUCGGGGUUCUCCCUUGUUGUCCAGAGAGGGUCAGACUUCAGUGCUGUCCUUCUGGGCGUCUGACUGACCUACACCCACCUUCCCUUAAGCUGGAAUUUUAUUCGCCGUGAGCUAAGCUUGGCCAUUCAGUCUUGCACAUGGAGAAGGGAACAUUAGAAGGAAUAUACAGCUCUUUGUCUGCAACAUGAGCACAUCCAUGCUGCAUCUUGAUGCUUAAACUUGUUGAGAUGAAGAAUUGGACUGAGAAAGAUUAGUAGCGCAUGUGGUAAAACUGUUGAGAAAGCGCUAAACAAUUGCCCUAUAGACAGACUCUGUUCUACAGUGUCAAUGAUUUCAUCUAUUACUAAAUGGUGGUUGACUAAUAAUUUGUCUUCAGAAAGGUUUUCUCUGACUUACUUUAUCCUCAGAAAUAUAUGUUUUGUUUUGAGUGAAGAGUCUCCAGACUAGUUUUUCCCCCCUUAGAAACCUAUUGUCUGCUCAACAAGAAUAGGCUAUGCAAAAGGCCACUUUUCAAUGAUAUUAUUAUCUUAUGAGUUGAGCCAUGUGCUAACAUAUAGCUGGCAACAUGUUAGUGAAAUAAUCAGGCGACCUAUGCCUACACAUCUCUUUUGGGUGUUGGUGGUGGUGGGAUGCAUUCCUUGUUCAUUUCAGAUUUUUCUUCUAUUCCUCUAAAAUGACUGGAACCCCUUGACAUAUUUGGGGUCUCCUGCAGAUCUUCCAGAAGUCAUGGAAGAUGCCAUUUUUGACUUGCAUCUGGCUGUCACAUAGCUGGGUAUAUCUCCACCAUACCUUGAUUGCCACAGGUAAUUACAUGGCCAUGAGAGUCAGCAGAUACAGGUGGAUAAUGACUCCUACAAUAGUCGUGAGAUGUUUAUAGUUCUUCCGUGGCAUAAGUUUAGGAAUAUCUCCUGAAGCAGGAUCAGGAUCAUGGUCUCAGACCUUCUCAUGCUCAAACACUUACCCCCCUCCCCCAAAUAUAUAGAUUUAUUGUUUUUGUGUGGAAUGUACCAACUAUCUGAUUUCUUCCUGACAUAGAAAUGUAAUUUACUUUAUGAUUCUGUUUAUAUAUGAUGCUAAGGAAACUGUUAGCUACAAAGUUUGGCUCAGGUUUCAUAGAAGCAUUGGCUUGUCUUGGUUGCUUCACUGCUAAUCCAGCUCAUCAGUGGUCUUGAAAAUCCAUCAGACCACAUUGUGCUACUAGUAAGACAGAGGAAGGAUGUAUUUUGAGCACCACAUUUUGGGACUCAUUUAAGUUUAUCAGGGCAGACAUAUAUAGUAUUACGUGCAUUGCACCCUCUGGUAACAUGAAGGAGGAAGCCAAAGGUACUUCCCUUUCUUAGUAAUUGUCUGUACUUUCUCUGCAGCUGCUACAACGCACUAUGAUAACCAAGAAAUCUAACAAAAUACAGACCCUCCCUCUACUCCUACAGCAAUCCGAGCACGUAGGCAGACAUGCUUUUGUAUGCGUUUUCUUUUUUUAAAAAAAAAUCCAAAGAAAUUGGGAAUGCACACAUUUUAGCCUAAGAUAUGGCUCUCUGCAGAUAACACUCUUUUAUAUAAUCACUCCCUAGAAGCUAUCAUUUAAAAAUGUUCAGCAAAGUUUACUGUGGAAACCUUUGAUACAAGUGGGUGUUCUAGUAGAGUGCCAACACCAACAAGAUUUGCUGCUGGUCUACAGAGAUGCAACCAUUUACAUGGAAUCUAGAUAUCCAUGUCAUACUGUUUCCAGGGAAUGAGAUGAUGGGUGUUUGAGUCCUCUUCACAGAAAAGGACCCACCAAGUAAAAAAUCUGUCCAUGUCAGAAAAAAUUCUAAUAUUGUAUCUGUAGCAACUAGGUUUUUAUAUACAGGCAGUCCCCGAGUUACAAACAUCUGACUUACAACCGACUCAUAAUAAAGAAUGGGGGUGAGACAACAGGAAGUCAGAGAAAUCUACCCCUUGGAAGGGAAACUCACUCCUGAAAGAGCUGUCACGGGGAAAAAAGUGUCUCUACUGAAACUUUCUCACCAAUCCUUGUUUCCACAGCAUGCCAAUUUUUUUUUCAAAAUCCAAUUAUCACAGGGACAGGAAGUGAGGCCAAAACUUCUAAAUGGGGACAGACAGCGAAACAGACACCACUGAGAUGUUUACCCUUCGCUAUGCUAUGCAAAGCUUAUGUAAAUGUAUGGAGUUACACUUUUAAAAUGUCCCUGUUCUGACUUACAUACAAAUUCAACUUAAGAACAAAGCCCACAGAAGCUAUGUUGUUUGUAAAUAGGGAACCGCUUGUAACAUGAUUUCUUCACAUUGUUGAGGAACAUAUUCACACACAAGCUUGUUUUCACUACAUUAUUUCCAAGAGUCAUGAACUGCAGGUAGAGAAGAAUCUUUUUCCUACCAGUGAGAAAUCAGCAGAAGACCUAAAGCAGUGGUUCCCAACCUUUGGUCCUCCAGGUGUUUUGGACUUUAAUUCCCAGAAAUCCCAUCCAAUUUACCAGCUGUUAGGAAUUGUGGGAGCUGAAGUCCAAAACACCUGAAGGACCAAAGGUCGGGAACUACUGACCUAAAGCAAAGAUCAAAACUAGUUUUGAAGCAGCUACCUAUAUUGACCUAUUUCAUACAGCUAGAUGUUUUAGGAAAGACAAAUUCUUAGUAAGCAGUGCUCCCACCCUUCCCACGCUGGAGAUGCCACUUUAGCCUGAUAAGGCCCAGGAGGUGCCCUGCCCUCCAGUGUGAUUAGCAUUAGCUCUCCUACUGCAGCUGUUUUCUAAUGUUUCCAUUCUGAUCUUUUAAGUGUAUAUUAAUAUAUAAGCUAUAAAGUUUUUGUAAGCAGCUUUAUUUAUUGUGCUAUAUUGAAGAGAAUAUAUAUACAAUGCUUUUGCAUUCAGAUAUGUUGUAUUUCCUUGGAAAAAGAGUAUACAGUAAGACCCCAGUAUCCAUGGGAAAUAUGUUUCUGGAUUUUCUGGA